CAUAAAUAUCGUCAUCCUUCUCGUUUUCCUUUUGACCUUUCAUUCCCAAUUUGACGUCGCAGCAAACGAAGAAAAGAGCCACAAAAACCCUAGCGCCAGUCAUAGCUCGCUACGCGAAGGGAUACGUAUCACUUGGUCGUCGUCGCUGCCCUGCACUCGAGCUCUCAGAUCUUCGAUGACAAGCGCUUGGACAAGUAUGAGCAUUGGAAUCAUACAUAGGGAUAUAGAGAGGGAGUGGGAGAAUCAGGGUGGAGUUAUGUGUGUUAUUUAUUAUUAUUGGAGAUUCUUGCUCAAUCUCAGAAGAUCUAUACAUCUGCUAAAAUUCUGGAGAGGAUGAGGAGAUCAAAUUUUAUUUCAAUAUUAUUAUAGCAUUGGAGCAUCUUGGAGCAAAUGAGCAAUGGAGCUUGUGGAGCACGGCUCAUCUCGAGGAUUGCUCUCUUGUGAGUAAUCUGGACUAUACAUUCUUCGGGUGUCAGAUAUGAGUGGUCGUUUUUCUCGCACAAUCUAUGUUGGCAACCUGCCCUCAGAUAUAAGAGAAUGGGAAAUUGAAGAUCUAUUCCACAAGUAUGGCCGUGUAUUAGAUGUUGAAUUGAAGAUUCCGCCUCGCCCUCCAUGUUAUUGUUUUGUGGAGUUUGAUAAUGCUCGAGAUGCGGAAGAUGCAAUUAGGGGUCGUGACGGCUAUAACUUUGAUGGUUGUCGUUUAAGGGUUGAACUCGCCCAUGGUGGUAGUGGUAGAGGGCCAUCCUCAAGUGAUCGUCGUGGUGGCUAUGGUGGUGGUGGUGGCGGUGGUGGCGGUGGCGGUGGUGGUAGUGGUGGGGGCGGUGGUGGGGGCCGAUUUGGUGUCUCACGCCAUUCUGAAUAUCGAGUUAUUGUUCGCGGGCUCCCUUCUUCUGCUUCCUGGCAAGAUUUGAAGGAUCAUAUGCGAAAAGCUGGUGAUGUAUGUUUUGCUGAGGUAUCCCGUGAUAGUGAAGGGACUUUUGGCGUUGUUGAUUACAAUAAUUAUGAUGACAUGAAAUAUGCUAUUCGGAAACUUGAUGACACUGAAUUCAGAAACCCUUGGGCAAGAGCUUAUAUUCGGGUGAAGAAGUACGAGGGCAGUCCCAUAAGGAGCCGAAGUAGAAGCCGCAGCCGAAGCAGAAGCAGAAGUGUCAGAAGGGACCGCAGCAAAUCAUUGGAGCGGUCUAUUUCUAGAUCGGUGUCAAGAUCAAGAUCAAGAUCUGCAUCUCCCAUCAAAUCUUCCAGGCCAAAAUCAAGAUCAAGGUCAGGAUCUCCCCGCCAGGCGCGUUCCGGUAGUGGCUGAUUUCCAUGCAGGCGAUGUUAAAACUCGUCCUGACCAACCCAUUUAGUAGAGUUUGAGGGGAAACACUAUUAUUAUUUAUUUUUAUUUUUUUGGAUAGUUGGAAUGUGAACAACUUGAUUUGUGUUGAUGCAAUUGGUUAUAUUCCCUGUUUAUUUUUAUUUAAGCUACUAUCUGCGAGGUGUGUUAAGUAGCAACUGAGGACGACCUUGGAGAUUUGUGACUUUUUACGCAUUAUGCAUGGCACGUUUGUUUGUUUUAAGUUAAAAUUUGGUCUUUUUUAAAUAAUGCUGGAUGUGGUAA